UCUUUUUGGGCAGGGAGGUCUCCAAUGGCGGUGGUUGGUGUUUUAGAAGACAAAGGCUCUGUUUUGAGGAAAAAGAAACGUCGGAGAAUGUGUGAAAAUAAGAUUCUUGAUGUUAAUGACAAAGUUGAGGUGAGGAGUUUGGAAGAGGGGUUUCAGGGUUCAUGGCAUCAAGGAACUGUUAUUUCAUGGGACAAGCGAGGGUGUCACGUCAAGUAUGAUCAUAUUCUCGUUGACGAUGGUUCAGAUAAUUUUAUUGACAUUGUGGGUGUUCCUUCACCUGUAGUAGAUGGCAUUGGUUGUCCCUGUGGAAAUCAAUGUAACUAUCGUGGGUCUAUAAGGCCAUUGCCACCUAAAAUAGAGAUUAGCAAAUGGAGUCUUUACUACGGACUCUGCGUGGAUGUAUAUUUUAUGGACUCUUGGUGGGAAGGUGUGAUUUUUGACUAUGAAGAUGGUUUGGAGAAGAGGAGAGUUUUCUUCCCUGAUUUGGGUGAUGAAAUGAUUGCUGAAAUUGGAAACUUGCGGAUUACUCAAGAUUGGGAUGACUUGGAAGAGGAGUGGCUCCGACGUGGGACUUGGUUGUUUCUUGAGCUAAUUGAACAAUACGAGCAGGAGUGGUACAUUUCUGUUUCUGUGAAGCAAAUUUGGUAUGAUUUACGGGAGAAAGAGGGUUUUCAAAAUCUUAGAGAGUGGACAUCUUCUUGUGAAGCUUUGUGGAAAGAAUUGGUGCUGGAGGUUAUAAAAGAUAACCAUGAAAUCACUGUGAAUCAUUUUAUCAGGGUAUCAGGCCUUUCUGGGUCCUCCCAGCCAGAAUCCAAGUUACAACUGGAGCCUGUUAUACCAGCUGCAGAUGUUAAUAUGUGUUCUGAUGCAGAUUUAGCUGACACUUUUGCUCUCGUACCAGUUGAGAAUCCAAUUAACAAUACUAUGACGAGUCCAAACCCAGCUACUGUUGAAUCAAUUCAAGAGAAAUCUGACAUAGGUCAGUUGAUGUGUAUCUCAAAGGAUGAUACCAAUCUUUUGACUGAAUCAAAUGGAUUCUGUCUUGACACAGCAGUCUGUGUUUUACCUGAGGCUUUGUCGGUCUCACCCUCUGUUGCAGAUGGAAUUUCCUGCAUCAGUUCUAAUACUAGCAAUGAAGGCUUUUCCGGAACCAAUUUAGAUAUGGCCAAAAGGAGGGCCAGAAAUUCAAGACUCGAUGAAACUGAGACUUGGAUGACUGCUGGCGCAGACCUUGUUUCUAAAGCUGAGUCAUGCCCUGAUGCCAUUACCAAAUAUGCUCUUUCUGGUAAGAAACAUGCGAAUGCUCUGAGAACUGAUGUUAGGAAGCAUCUUCUAUAUCAGGGAUGGAUAGUUGAGUCUAAGCAAGACAAACAUGCAGUCAGAGUGCGAUACAUCUCACCUACUGGGGAUUGUUAUUACUCUCUUUAUAAGCUCUGUUUAGAUUUGAUGAAACAAUCCGGGAAACUUAUUUGUUCAAACACCAAAGAUUUAUCUGUUGUUGAACCAACCAUGAAAGAUGUACAUGUUGUUGAACCAGAAUAUUGCCCUCAAGCUGUUUUGGACUGGUCUAAGGCUGGACUGGAUGAGACUCACAAGUGCCAUUCCAAGAGAAGUGAUAUGACCCUAAAGGCUAAAAAGCAUCUCUCAUGGCUGGGUUGGGCAUUUCACUAUGCAAGCAGCAAUGGAAAGCGCUACUUGUGCUACACUUCACCAAGUGGAAGGAUAUACUUUUCACUUCGAGCAGCCUGCAAAAUGUGUAUAAAAGGAGGUGGAGUAUCUCAAACUGAUGCUUCUCCUUCUAGACCUCUGGAGAAAAUUAAUGUCAUUGAGGAGGCUGAUAGUCAGCUAGCAAGUGAGAAGCGUUCUUCUGCACUAUCUUAUAUAGGUAUCCAGAGAAGCUCAAUGCAAUCAAAUGCUGAAUUGGAAAAUUUCUCCAGAGAGUCUUAUUUGAAAUUGGAGAAGAGAAAUCUUGUUGGGCUAAGUAGAGUAGGUCAAAGAACUCGAAAACCCAAAAGGAAGAGAAAGGAUAGUUCACUGUAUCCUGUGUCUUGCUUAGACAAAAGGCCAGCCAACUCACCUGUUGUAAACACUAGCAUCUCAAGAUUGAAAGGUGGAAAGACACCUGUGGCAUUGAUGAAAUUAAGAGAGAAUCUCAAAGGUAGUCAACAUAACCGUGUGCUACGAUCAACCAAAAGAGUGCAGCAGGUAGUAACCCCUAGUCCAGCGCACCAGAAUCCACGAACUGUGCUGUCUUGGUUGAUAGAUAACAAUGUUGUUUUGCCAAGGUCAAAAGUGCAUUACUGGAGGAAGGAGCAGAGGUUGAAAGUUGAAGGGCGGAUAACUCGUGAUGGAGUUAAGUGCAGUUGUUGUGACAAGGUGUACACUCUUGGUGGCUUUGUAGCACAUGCUGGCAGCAGUAGCCACAGACCAGCUGCCAACAUCUUCUUAGAAGAUGGUAGGUCUCUGUUAGAUUGCCAGCUACAAAUGAUACAUAAUAAUAAGAUGAAGAAGUUUGGAAAAAAGCGGAAUCGCCAGUUGAAGGGCAGUUGGCGACAAGACAAAAAUGACUGCAUUUGUUCUGUUUGUCAUUAUGGGGGCGAACUAAUUUUAUGUGAUCAAUGUCCAUCCUCAUUCCAUAAAAGUUGCCUUGGUUUAGAGAGUGUUCCGGAUGGUGACUGGUUCUGUCCAUCAUGUUGUUGUGGAAUUUGUGGUCAAAGCAAGCCUAAAGAAGAUGGUGCAGAUUUUGUGGAUGACAGAACUCUCACUUGUGCUCAGUGUGAGCAUAAAUAUCACGUUGUAUGCAUAGGCAAUAGAAGGGCAAAUAUGUUGGAAAUAUGUGCAAAAGAAAAUUGGUUUUGCAGCAAAAGGUGUGAAAAGAUAUUUGUGGGCCUUUAUGAGCUUUUAGGGAGGCCAAUUCCUGUUGGAAGGGACAAUCUAACAUGGACACUAAUUAAAACCACGCCGUCGGAUACUCAUGAUCUUGAUGCUUCAGAUAACGAAGCCAUGAUUGAGAAUUACAGCAAGCUUAGCAUUGCGCUUGAUGUGAUGCAUGAGUGUUUUGAGCCUGUCAAAGAACCUCACACCGGCAGAGAUCUUGUUGCAGAUAUUAUUUUCAGUAGAAGCUCAGAACUUAACCGCCUAAACUUCCAAGGGUUCUACACAGUACUUUUGGAAAGACAUGAUGAACUUAUUACUGUUGCUAAUGUUAGGGUCCAUGGAGAAAAGGUGGCCGAAAUACCUUUAAUUGGUACCAGGUUUCAAUAUCGGCGACUUGGAAUGUGUCGAAUCUUAAUGAACGAGCUUGAAAAGAAACUCAUGGAAUUAGGAGUACAGAGGCUGAUAUUACCUGCUGUUCCUAAUGUGCUGCACACGUGGACUACUUCAUUUGGAUUUUCAAAGAUGAUGCCUUCUGAGAGACUAACAUAUGUAGAUUAUACAUUUUUAGAUUUCCAGGGUGCCAUAAUGUGCCAGAAGCUUUUACUUAAGAGACCUUUAGUGGAAUCAAACUUAUCAAUUGGAUCACAGUUCAAACCUUACAGUGAUGCAUUUGAAAGCAGUGAUAAUGUCGACCUCGAAGGAUCCAGUGCAGUCUCUGAAGUAUUUCAAGCAGGACAAAUUGAGGACAAUGGAUUUAUUGACCAAGGACUAGUGGAGAAUGGUGCAGGUGGGGGGAAUAGUAAUAAAGGAGACUGUGUUCAUAUUGUGGUAAUGGCAAACCAACCAACUCAAAUUGACCAUGAACCAUGUGAUACUGAAGUCAAUCCAGAAUGCUCAGCUGUAGAUACCAAUUAUAAGAAAAGAAAAUGCAGUGGUAGUGAUUCCAUUAGGUGCUACAAGCGCAGGAGGAUAUCUGCCUGAGUGUUGCUUUGUUUGCACAGAUUCUGCAAUUAGACGAGGGAAUGAUUUUCCAGGCUGCUCUUGGGAAGAACCUAUUCUCUAUGGUUUUUUGAUGCUGUCAUGUAGACCGGCUGCAGGACAUCCAAAUUUUACUUCAUGGAUGUGUAAAUCCUCUGUACAGAAUAUAAGUCGGACAGAACAUCUCAAACUCGGAUGAAGACUAUUAACGUUAUAGUUUAGGAGAUUAUGUAGAGUUCAUUACCUUUUAGGAUCAAUAAUGUAGAGCUCAUUUUGAGUAUCCUUUUGUCCCUAUUAACUGUAUGGAUGUAUAAGUUAGAAGCA